CCCGUCGGGAAUUCAAAAGAAGAAGCUGGAAACACUGAGAAACUUUACUGCUGAAUAAAGAACAAGAAUGUUUUCACUCGAUAAGUUUAGAGAUGUUGUCAACGAGCAGCUAACUGCUGCAGCUGAGGAAAUAUGUGACGAUUUUACAAGAACUGACGUCGAGGACGAGACAGAAAUCGACCGUCAGCGCAGAAUGCUGGACAUCAUUUGGAAACCUUACAUCCGCUUACACAGAAUAGACGUCCCGCAGCAACAUGUGCGGAAGAAGGAGGAGGUUGAACCUGAGCAGCAGCUCUGCCACCAGGAGAGGAAGUCCAGUCAGGACCAGGAGGAUCCAGAGCCUCCACAGAUUAAAGAGGAGCAGGAGGAAGAGCAGCUCAAACAGGAGGAGACUGACACGUUGAUGGUGACUCCUACUAAGGAGGAAGAUGUUCUGCAGCAACAUGUGUGUAAGGAGGAGGAGGUUGAACCUGAGCAGCAGCUCUGCCACCAGGAGAGGAAGUCCAGUCUGGACCAGGAAGAUCCAGAGCCUCCACAGAUUAAAGAGGAGCAGGAGGAAGAGCAGCUCAAACAGGAGGAGACUGACACGAUGAUGUUGAUUCCUACAGAGGAGAAAGGUGAGCAGAGUGAAGCAGGUGGACCAAAUGAACACCAGCUCCUUUCCCACAACUCUCAUGUUGCUGAGAAUCAAGAUCCCAAAGAGAACAAGCAGGAAGACUCAGAGAUGACUGUAAAAUCAAAACCAAGACAAGAGACAGAAAGAAAACACACAGGUGAGAGGGUGUACUCAUGUGAAGUAUGUGGAAAAAGUUUCAAAUAUAACAGUUUAUUGAAAAAUCACAUGAUAACACACACAGGUGAGAGGGUGUAUUCAUGUGAAGUAUGUGGGAAAUACUUCAAAUAUAACUGUACAUUGAAAAUUCACAUGAGAAAACACACAGGUGAGAGUUGUCACUCCUGUGACACCUGUGGAAUAGGAUUCUUUAAGAAGUCAGAUUUGAAUCAGCACAUUCGUACUCACACAGGUACAAAGCCACACACCUGUGGUACCUGUGGGAAAUCAUUCACACAUAAAUGUUUCUUGGAUGAUCACUUAAAAAUUCAUACAGGUGAAAAACCACAUACCUGCACAGCGUGCAACAGAUGUUUUAGACUCAAAAGGUCAUUGAAAGCCCACAUGAGAACUCACACAGGUGAGAAGCCGUUCUCCUGUAAGGCCUGUGGAAAAAGAUUUGGUCAGAGAUCACAGUUGCAUCUUCACAUUCGUACUCACACAGGUGAGAAGCCAUAUAACUGUGGUACCUGUGGGACAUCGUUCACACAGAAAGGUAGUUUGGAUGAUCACUUAAAAAUUCAUACAGGUGAGAAGCCAUUUACCUGCACAAUGUGCAACAAAUGUUUUAGACAUAAAAGUUCAUUCACAAUCCACAUGAGAACUCACACAGGUGAGAAGCCUUUCUCCUGCAGCACCUGUGGAAAAAGGUUCAUUAAGGGGUCAGAUUUGAAUCUUCACAUUCUUACUCACACAGGUACCAAGCCGUAUAUCUGUGGUAGCUGCGGGACCUCAUUCACACAUAAAUGUUUUUUGGACCGGCACUUAAAGAUCCAUACAGGUGAAAAACCAUAUACCUGCACAGUAUGCAACAAAACUUUUAGACUAAAGGGUGCAUUGACAAUCCACAUGAGAACUCACACAGGUGAGAAGCCUUACUCCUGCAGCACCUGUGGAAAAAGGUUCAUUAAGGGGUCAGAUUUGAAUCGGCACAUUCUUUCUCACACAGGUACAAAGCCAUACACCUGUGGUAGCUGCGGGACAUCAUUCUCACACAAAGGUAGUUUGAACGAUCACUUAACAAUCCAUACAGGUGAAAAACCAUAUACCUGCACAACAUGCAACAAAUCUUUUAGACGACAAGGUCAUUUGAAAGUCCACAUGAGAACACACAGGUGAGAAUCCUUACUCCUUUAACACCUGUGGAUAAAGAUUCUGUCAUUCUACACAAUUGAAUCAGCACAUUCUUACUUGCACAGGUACAAAGCUGUACACCUGUGGUACCUUAGGGAAAUCAUUCACAAAGAAAUCUCAUUUGGAUAGGCACAUAAAUACUCAUGCAGGUGAAAAGCCACAUACCUGCAUAAGUGCAAAAAAUGUUUUAGACUAAAAUGUGAUUUGACAGUCCACAUGAGAACUCACACAGGUGAGAAUCCUUACUCCUGUAACACCUGUGGAAAAAGAUUCUUUAGAUGGUCACAGAUUGAUUUCAGUGAUGCAAAUAGCCCUGUGAUACAAUCCUAUCCAUGAAUUCAUUCAAAAAACAAAAAGAUGAAUGUUUAUGACAUUUAAAUCCACAUCAUAUGAUAAUUUGGCACGCAGUGAAUGUUCACCUUUGGCUGGUACACAGCUAUGUGCUGACAAGUUGGAGAGAAACAGAAACUGUGCAUGUGCUUUGAGAAUUUGCAUUUUUAAUGGCAAUGAAAAUGAAACUCAUGUUAAUUUUACACUAAUGUUUUACUUUUAUUUAGAAUUGUGAAACAAAUGCUUGAAUUUCAGAACUUAUGUGUUAACUACAUGUAACAUUAAAGUAUUGUGAGUUCUCUAAUGGCUUCACUUGAGGCGAGUUAUUCUGCUGUCUGUUCUUUAUGAAGUCUGUGAGGGAAUUUUGAUCGAGUGGUCUGCUUCAGAUCAGUUCAGUACUGUACUAGUUAUUUGAAGAUAACCUGAUUUUUGAGGAGGGUCGGUUUUCUUUGAAGCACAUAGUUAAAGAUAUUUAUUUGAUCUACAUGUUGAAAAAUGGAAGACCACUUAAUAUUUGUCAUUUCUUGUUUAGUAGCAUAUUCUGUUCACAAUCUGUAUUGGUGUUUUUUAAUCAUAUUAAAAUAG